AUGACUCCCAGCCAAUUCACCAGUGUCGCAGUAUUUGGUGCUGCUGUAGCGUGGGCUGUAAAGACCACAAAGCCUCCAAACCCACACAAAGUCAAGUCGCUACCUCAUUACAACGACGCCAAGCCCAUCAACUUUGACCAGUAUGCCGGCCACAUUCCUCUGCCCAGCAACGGCCAAAAGAUGUUUUACUGGCUCGUGGAAUCCGAGUCCAAUCCAUCCACGGACCCGCUGGUGCUGUGGCUCAAUGGCGGCCCUGGCUGCUCGUCUCUCGGUGGCUUCUUCACCGAAUUGGGCCCAUUUGUCGUCCAGAGUGACUUGAGCGUCAAGCGUAAUCCGUACGCGUGGAACCGCAAGGCCAACAUGGUGUUCUUGGACUCCCCAGCGGGCGUUGGCUUUAGCCAGCCGCUGCUCAAUGCGUCCGACUACACCGACGACUUUACAGCCGGUCGACUCGUCGAGUUUCUCAAGCAAUUUCUCGUGUUGUACCCUCAAUACAAGAACCGCGAGUUUUACAUCACGGGCGAGAGCUACGCCGGCAUGUACAUUCCGUUCCUUGUGCAUAAACUCAUCACAGACCCCGUGGAGAACCUCCACUUGACCGGGUUUGCCAUUGGAAAUCCCUUCACCGACACUGUGAUUGACGCAUCAGCGACGUUGGAGUACUACUACACACACGCGCUCAUAUCUCUGGAAACGUACGAAGUCAGUCGACAAGUGUGUGGCGCGACGGGGGUUUCAGGGUGUUUUUACGGCGGCAACAUAUGCCCCCAAGAGUGUCUAACCUUGCUCCUCGAAUCUGGGUUUGGUCACAAUAUUCAGAACCUCCUAGACCGAUCCGAUGUUUACGGCGACGUGUGCCUCCUCACGCAAGUGACAUCGUUGAGAUCGUCGAUGCCCCAACAACUCACCAGUGCCAACCCCCGUCGCAGGUCGUCGGCGAAGCUCGUCCGUCCGCUGACUCACCGCGGGGUUAUUGGUCCCUGUCAAGCCCUGUACACGGCGCAGUACUUGCAACUGUACGCUGUGCAGCGUGCUCUGCAUGUGUACGACAUGCAUGUCAAUUGGGUGAGCUGCAACCCCCGGGUCACCAGUCGGUACACGCGCACUCGGUCGGCCCUGCCAAAGUACCCCACGAUCCUCCAAGCCGGGUUGAAAGCUCUGGUUUACAGCGGGGACGCCGACGCCACCGUGCCAUUCUUGGGAACGCAGCGGUGGCUGACUACACCUAAUAUGGACAGCAAUGUCAGCGACGGCCUUGACUUGUCGAUCGUGUCGCCGUGGCAGUCAUGGGUGGGUCCAGACAAACAACUGGCGGGGUACACUGUACGGUACACCAACUUGACGUUUACAACGGUCAAGGGCGCGGGCCACAUGGUGCCGGCCACAAGACCACUGCAUGCGUUGUACUUGUUCGAGUGUUUUGUGUACGGUCAAGUGGCGUGCGACUCGUUUGCGUACCCGAAGGACUCGUUGGAGUACUUGAGUGGCGCUGAUAUAAGUGUCGGCUUCGAUGGAGGGAGAGGCGAAGGCGCGCUGAUUCCGUGGGCGAUCACGGCCGUGGUGGUCGUGCUCGGGUCGAUGUUAGGCCUCGUGUUUUGGGCCAAGAAAGAGCCGGACCAGGUCGUCGAGUACAGUGUAGAUAAGUCAACGACCACUCGGUCCAUGUCAACGUUAGGCAUGUAUCGAUAAGAUGGCGGCGGCGACGAUGAGUUAGCAGGUCAAGUACCA